AUGCACUGGCUCCUUGCCCUCUCUCUCUUGGCCUCCUGGGUGCAGGUUGGAGGUGUUUCUGCAGGCCUGAAAGCUCAAGUGAAUCAGAAGGGCCUUGAAUAUGGAAAUCAGUUUGGGAUGAGGAUGGCGGCCUCCAUGCUGAAAAAGAAUCCCAUCCCGGAUAUUCACGGGUCCCACAACAUGCCCCUUCUGGGGGACGUUCAGUACUCUGUAACAAGGCUGCAGGUGGACAAGCUUCAACUGGACGACUCCACCGUCGGCUUCUCCAAGGGGCUGGGCGUGAACGUGACCAUCCGAAACGGCUACGUCUUGCUCAGGGGCAACUGGAAGCUGAAAACUUUGUUUGGACGUGACGGAGGCACUGUUGACAUCCAUGUUCACCAGUUGUCCCUCUCUGCUCUCCUGGGACUCGGCAAGGAGCUCACGGGACGACCGAAAGUGUGGGCUGCCCGCUGCCGAGCUGCCACUGGGGGCAUCCUCUUGAAAUUCCACGGGGGAAACAGCUGGUUCUACAACCGCUUCACUUCUGUCCUUGAGACGCUCCUUGAAUCCAAACUCAACAAACAACUGUGUCUCGAACUCAAGAAGGGCGUUGAUGAUAUUGCACAAGUCCUGCGCGCCAUGAACGUCUCCAUCCAGAUAGAUUCCUUUGUGGAACUGGACUAUUCCUUUGUGAACAAGCCAGUGUUUGGUGUGGACCGAUGUCACGUGGACCUCAAGGGAGAGUUCUUCGCCCUGGGACAGCCCCGUGUCAACUUCUUCACCCCCUCGCCCUUCGUCUUGCCCAAGCAGCCGGGUUCCAUGUUCCUUCUCGGGAUCUCGGAAUUCUUUGCCAAUUCCGCUGCCUCGGUGUACUUCAUCGCAGUGCUUCAGAGGAACUACACAGACGAGAUGGUAAGGCGAUCCCCCGAGGCUUCCCCUUUCCACUUGAACACAGACAGUGUGGGAAUGCUGAUUCCAGAGCUGGAGGAGAAGUUCCCAGAUAGGCCCCUGCAGGUACUCUUGGGGGCUCGGAAGCCGCCUGUCCUGAGCUUCCAUCCCGACGGCGUCCAUGUCACAGCCUUUGGAUCGAUCGAUGUUGGCGUCCUCCUGCCCAACGGGAGCGUGGCCUCGGCAUUCCUACUGCACAUCGACGGCAACUUCACGGGGCAGUUUUUCCUCGAAUCAGUCAACUCCGGGAACUCCAUCGGCAAGCUUUUGGGAGCGGUUCACCUGAAAGGCUUCCAGGUGUACCAGGAGUGGUCGAACGUCGGUGACAUCAAGGUGGAAUUGCUGGAGAACGCGUUGAAGGUCGGAGUGCAGUUGGGCCUUUUGGUGGUCAACAGGUAUCUGAAGAAAGGCUUCCUUCUUCCCAACAUCCAUAAUAUCAGCCUGGUGAACCCGCAGAUCACAAUGUACCAGGGCCUGAUGCUUGUAGCGACCGAUCUCUACCACGACCUCCCCGCCAUUGUGUAGCCGCAAGGAACUGGGA